AUGAGGUCUAGAUCCUGGGUCAUAACAAAUUUGGCAAUAGAGGCGCUCGUGAUGUCGACACAACAGGAAGAACUGAUGAAGAAAUUGGAAGCGUUCAUGAUCCAACAAACACAAAGCAAUUAUGAUUUGAAGACAAGUACCAAUGAUUUAAAGGCGGCUAUGACAGCCUUGCAGACCAAUCAAGCAGCGAUGGAAGAGAGAUUGCAAACCCUAACCCAAAACAAAUCCAACAGACAAGAAGAAGAAGAUGAGAGUGUGGACAAGAUGUUCGAGUCUGAUAGAUUUGAUGACCCAUCAGAAUAG